UUCCUUUUUCAACAUAAAAAAAAAGCUUCAAAUAUAUAUAUAUAAUGCUCUUCUGCUUCCCUCUUCCUCCAGACAUUUGACAAAUAAAAUACUUUUAUUUGCCGGAAUCUGAACCACAACCCCACCCCCCCCCCCCCCAAAAAAAAAAACACCAAAGAAAAAAUAUUCAAAAAUGCCGCCCGAGUUUCACCCUCCCCACCAUAUAAAAACUCAGCCCGCUCAAAAGCCCGGCCCGAACCGGCCCGAGUCGGACGACCCGAUCAUCAUCGUCGACCUCGUAUGGCCGUUCGGGGAGCUCGAUGGGCUCGAUAGGGAUGAUUUUCGAGAGGCCGCUUACGAGAUAUUCUUCACGGCGUGCCGCUCGUCUCCGGGGUUCGGUGGUAGGACGGCAGCGAUUUCGUCAUCCCUCAAUCCGGAGGGAUCGGGGGACGGAAACGGGUCCGGGCCGAGUUCGGGCCCGGGUUCCCCAAAACCGCCCGGGGUGGGGAUGGCGAUAACUAGCAGGGUGAAAACGGCGUUGGGGUUGAAGAUGCUGAAGAAGUCCCCAUCAAGGAGGACGUCUGGCGGUGCUGUUAUGAUGGGUCCGUCUUCGCCUGCAGGAGUUGCGAGCCCGAGGACACCGGGCUCAGCAGGCCCGCAGGCGAAGAUACGGAGGCCGCUGACGUCAGCCGAGAUAAUGAGGCUGCAGAUGAGGGUGUCGGAGCAGAGUGAUAAUAGGCUACGGAAAACUCUUAUGAGAACUCUUGUAGGCCAAAUGGGGAGGCGAGCAGAGACAAUAAUCUUACCAUUGGAGCUAUUACGCCAUCUUAAACCAUCCGAAUUCAACGAUCCUCAAGAAUACCAUCUAUGGCAAAAACGCCAACUUCGAAUCCUCGAAAUAGGCCUUCUCCUUCACCCCUCUAUCCCAGUAGAAAAAGACAAUGCAUCUGCAAAACGGUUAAUAGAGAUCAUUCAAGCUUGUGAGAUCAAAACAAUCGACACUAGCAAAAAUUCCGAGACCAUGAAAUCGCUAUGCAAUGCCGUUGUCUCCUUAGCCUGGAGAAGUGCUGAUGGUGCCCCUAGCGAUACCUGUCGUUGGGCUGACGGAUUCCCUCUCAACAUCCACAUUUAUACAGCUCUUUUAGGCUCGAUCUUCGAUCUUAAAGACGAUACGUUAGUCCUCAAUGAGGUCGAUGAGCUUCUUGAAUUGAUGAAAAAGACAUGGUCUACAUUGGGUAUUACAAGAUCAAUUCAUAACUUGUGUUUUACAUGGGUGCUUUUCGAGCAAUAUGUUGUGACUAACCAAGUGGAGCCUGACCUUCUUGGCGCAACAUUGAUUAUGUUAACCGAAGUUGCAAACGAUGCUAAGAAAGUGGACAAGGAUCGUAUUUAUCUUAAGAUGCUAAAGAAUGUUUUAUCCUCGAUGAAACGAUGGUGUGAGAAGAGAUUGUUGAAUUAUCAUGCCAGUUUUCAUGCGGAAAAUAUUGUCCUAAUGGAAAAUAUUAUUCCUCUGAUGUUCUCUGCCUCGAAAAUAUUAGAGGAAGAUGUUCCGGGAUAUGGAUCUUCUGCUUCUGAAAAAGGGGACGUGAAAGAUGAUUCGACGGGGAAUAGAGUGAAUCACUUUAUCCGUUCAUCGUUAAGGACUGCAUUCAGUAAGACGUUGGAAGAACGGAAUAUAAGCGUCGCAACUUUUGAAAACGAAGACGUGAUCGAGACACUCAUCAAGUUAGCUAAUGCGACCGAAGAAUUGGCAACUAAGGAGAAGGAAAUUUUCACUCCUAUCCUCAAGAAAUGGCAUCCAAUUGCAGCCGGUGUUGCAGCAGUGACGUUACAUACUUGUUAUGGAACUUUGUUAAGGCAAUACCUAGCGGGUACAACUUUUCUCACGAGCGAGACAGCGUUGGUGUUGCAGAGGGCUGGUAAACUCGAAAAGGUUUUAGUCCAAAUGGUGGUGGAGGACUCUGUCGAUUGCGAAGAUGGAGGCAAAACAAUAGUGAGGGAGAUGGUUCCUUAUGAAGUUGAUUCAAUCAAAAUUAACCUAUUGAGGAAAUGGAUCCAAGAUAGUUUGAAGAAAGGGAAAGAGGUUCUUGUGAGAUCCAAAGACUCCGAAACAUGGAAUCCAAAAUCCAAAAGCGAGCCAUAUGCACAAUCAGCACUUGAUCUAGUGAAACAUUCCAAUGAAGCCGUGGACAAUUUCUUCGAAAUUCCUACAAUCAUCACUGAGAAUUUGGUCAAUGAUAUCGCUGAUGGCAUAGAAAACCUAUUCAAAGAUUAUGUUACCUUUGUCGCAUCAUGUGGUGCAAAACAGAGUUACUUGCCAACACUUCCAGCUUUAACAAGAUGUGGCCAAGACUCAAGAUUUGUGAAACUAUGGAAAAAAGCUGCUUGUAGUGUCGGAUCAAAUGAUCCGAACCAGCAUUUGACAGACGAAGAUAACAAUCCGCGGCCUUCAACAAGCCGAGGAACUCAGCGCCUAUAUAUAAGGCUAAACACCUUGUAUUACCUUCUACAGCAGCUCAACUCCCUUGACAAAACACUAUCACUCUCGUCGAGAGUUAUCGCUUCACCAGGAAGCCGUUACAACAAGAACCGACAGCUAGCUUGCUGUUCCUUCUUCGAUCAAACGCGUUCAGCCAUCCAAGAAGCUGUCCAACACGUAUCAGAAGUCGCUGCUUAUCGUCUGAUCUUCUUCGAUUCCAACUCUGUAUUCUAUGCGAGCCUAUACAUAGGCGACGUAGAGAACGCACGUAUCCGGCCUGCUUUAAGGAUACUCAAGCAAAACCUAACUCUCUUGUGUGCUAUCCUCAUCGACCGGGCUCAAGCGUUAGCACUCAAAGAAGUGAUGAGGGCUUCGUUCGAGGCCUAUCUUAUGGUUUUACUAGCCGGUGGAACGCGAAGAAACUUUUCAAGGAUGGAUCAUCAGAUGAUUGAGGAAGAUUUUGAGAGUUUAAAGAGGGUAUUUUGUACUUGUGGUGAAGGUUUAAUACUUGAGGAUGUUGUGGAAAAAGAAGCUACAAUAGUUGAAGGGAUAGUGGCAUUAAUGGGACAAUCAACAGAACAAUUGGUUGAAGAUUUUAGCAGUGUGGCUUGUGAAGCUAGUGGAAUUGGAGUUGUGGGAAAUGGACAGAAAUUGCCUAUGCCACCAACAACAGGAAGAUGGAAUAGGUCAGAUGCUAAUACAAUCUUGAGGGUACUUUGUCAUAGGAAUGAUAAAUUUGCCAAUCAUUUCUUAAAGAAAACAUUCCACUUAGCAAAGAGGAGGGGCUGAGAAAAAGUUGGUCUAAAAGCUAUGUUGCCGCACCCGUGUUAGAUCCUUAAAAAUGCAUAGAUUUUGAAGGAUCCGACACACACCAGGAGAUAUGUUUGAAGAGUCCGAACAGCAUAGCCUUGAAAGACAGAAAAGAAGAGAGAGGUUUGACUCAGAAAAGAAGAGAGAGGUUUGACUUGUACAGAAAAAAUCAAGAAGAACUAAAAUUUUCUAAGUAUAUAUAUAUAUGCUAUUAAAGCUAAAUUUUUUAAUUUGAAGGAUGUAAAGUAAAGCCUUCUAGACUAUAAAAAGGUUUGUAAAGGAGUACUACUUGAGAAACUUGUACUAAUUUAUCCUCAUUGUAUCUUCAUGGAACUAGGCAUUAUUUGAUUGUAUAAUGCUUCUGAUCCUUUUUUAAUCACUCAAGAGAGAUUAUUACU